AUGGCUACCGAAUCCGUCUCGACGUCACUGGCCCUGCGGGGCGCCGACAGCAAGCAAACCCAGAUUCACAGUCAUCCAUUGGCGCCUAUUAAUGCUUCGGAGAUUCAGCAGGCCGUCGCCCUGAUCAGGUCGCAAUGGCCCGAGGGCCAGGAUCUCCAUUUCAAGGCUAUUACCCUCGAGGAGCCGGCCAAGGCGGAGAUGGUGCCUUACUUGGAGGCGGAGGCGAAGGGGAGUCGGAGUCUGCCUGGGAUUGAUCGGAGGGUGUUUGUUACGUAUUAUUUGCGUAAGACGGAUAAAUUCCACGAGGCGGUGGUGAAUCUCUCCCGGCAGAGCAUCGAGUAUAAUGUUCGGCUGGGCGCGAAUCUGCACGCGCCUGGUGAUGGCGAGGAGAUUUCCGCUAUGGAGAGGAUUGCGUUGGAGGAUGAAGGCGUGCAGGCUGAGUUGGCUAAGUUGAAGUUGCCGGAGGGGGCGAAGGUGGUUGUUGAUCCGUGGAUUUAUGGCUCCGACGGCAUCGAAGACGACGCCCGCAUGUGGCAAUGCUUCAUGUACCUCCGCGACCCGCUCAACGCCACCGACGCCGACUCGAACCACUACGCCCUGCCGCUUAGCAUCUCCCCCGUCAUCGACUGCUCCAAGAUGGAAGUCAUCCGUAUCGAUCACCUGCCUACCGGGACGGAUAACACGAUCUCCGAACCAAAGCCCUGGAAGUCUCAGCCUGGCAAUGAGUACGUGCCGGAGUAUCAGAAAUUGAGGACCGACUUGAAGCCGCUGCAGGUCGUCCAGCCGGAGGGGGCGAGUUUCAGUGUGGCGGAGCAGGGGACGAGUAAUGUUGUUGAGUGGCAAAAGUGGUCUUUCAGAGUCGGCUUCAACCAGCGAGAGGGCAUGGUUCUCUACGACGUCCGAUACGAUGGCCGAAACCUCUUCUACCGUUUGGCUCUCUCGGAUAUGAACAUCCCCUACGCCGACCCUCGCCACCCAUUCCACAAGAAGUCUGCUUUCGAUCUUGGCGACGCUGGUGCUGGCAUCAUGGCCAAUGACCUCAAGCUGGGAUGCGAUUGUCUCGGCUCUAUCCACUACCUCUCUGCUACCCUUGCUGAUGACAAGGGUAAUCCACUCGAUAUGCCAAAUGUGGUCUGCAUCCAUGAACAGGAUAAUGGCAUUGGAUGGAAGCACACUAACUACAGGACUGGGCGUGCUGCCGUUGUCCGGAACCGCGAGUUGGUUGUGCAGAGUAUUAUCACGGUGGCCAACUACGAAUACAUCAUGGCCUUCAUGUUCAACCAAGCCGGCGAACUAAGCUACGAAGUCCGCGCCACCGGCAUCCUCUCCACCCAACCCAUCGACGAGGGCCUCGAAGUCCCCUGGGGCACAGUCGUCCACCCGGGCGUCCUCGCCACCCACCACCAACACAUCUUCUCCCUCCGCAUCGACCCCAUGAUCGACGGCUACCAGAACCGCCUCGUCUACGACGAAGCCCACGCCAUGCCCCGCAGCGACUUCAACCCCCACGGCACGGGCUACUAUAGCAAGGAAACCCUCCUCACGCACUCGGGCGGCUACGACAUCGACUACGCCGCCAACCGCGUCUUCAAGAUCCAGAACGCCGCGGUGCGCAACCCGAUCAACAACAAGCCCGUCGCGUACAAGAUCCACGCGCCGCCGUUCCAGAAGAUGCUGUCCGACACGGAGAGUUUCAAUUUCAAGCGGGCCGAGUUCGCGGAUAAGAGUAUCUAUGCUGUGAAGUACCGUGAUGGGGAACUCUAUGCCGGAGGCAAGUACACGAACCAGAGCCGAGGAGGAACUGGAGUAAGGAGCUGGGCGGACAGGAAAGACGGAAUCGUCGAUGAGGAUCUGGUCGUUUUCGUGCAGUUCGGUAUCAACCACAUUCCCCGCAUCGAAGACUUCCCCGUCAUGCCCUGCGAGACGAUCAAAGUCGCCCUCAAGCCCGUCAACUUCUUCGAGAAGAACCCCGCGCUAGAUGUGCCUCCUAGCACGCAGCAGUUUAACCAGUCGACGCUGCUGAGCGAGCAGCAUCGUCAGGGGGUGAGUGAGGGGACGGUGGAUGCGGGUGGGGCUUGUUGUGCGGUGACGGCGCCGGCGGUGGGGAGUAAGUUGUGA